AUGACGCAUAAAGAUAGGAAAGACUAUUAUCUUAAGGAUCUAUUUUUUCAACAAUAUGAAGAUAAAAGUAUGGAUCCAUCACGUUUGAGCGACAUAACAGAUAAUUUCUCCAAGAAGGCAGAGAUUGGUAGUGGUGGAUUCGGAGUGGUUUACAAGGGAGUGCUUCGAGAUGGUUUUGUUGCUGUCAAGAAAUUCAAAGAGGCAAUUGACGACAAAGCAUUUGUGGAUGAGGUCAACUGUCUCACAAAGAUUGAGCACCCUAAUAUAGUAAAAUAUAUUGGUUAUUGUGCUGGAUCAGAAAAACACAUUGCAAUGAAUGAGGGGAAGACCAUUUUAGCAGAAUCGCCAUAUCAGUUAAUUUGCUUCGAGUAUCUUCGCAAAGGAAGCCUUGACAUGCACCUUAAUGACAAACCAUGUGGACUUCCAUGGCAAGUGUGCUACAAAAUCAUCCAAGGAAUUUGUCUAGGUUUGCACCAUCUUCAUGAGCACAGAAUCAUUCAUAGAGAUAUCAAAGCAGGCAAUAUUCUACUUGAUGAUCACAUGACUCCGAAAAUUGCGGACUUUGGUUUGUCAAGGUUCUUAGGGGAUGCUAAAAGCAGAAUUAACACUCGCCAAGAUGGAACACUGGGAUACAUGGCACCUGAAAGUAUGUUCAAUGGAGUAUUUACUUUCAAGUCCGAUAUAUACAGUCUGGGCAUGAUAAUCAGAAAGAUUGUGACUGGUAACAGUGCAAUAUCAAAGGAAGAGACCUUAUACGUGUGGGGUCAUAGGUCAAACCUAGAUGCAUCACAGAGGCCCACUCCGUUGGAUCAAGUAGAAGAAUGCAUCGAUAUAUCAAUAAGCUGCACAGACAUAGCUAAAGCAGCAGAGAACAGACCUGAUAUGCGGGAUAUCCUCCGUAGGCUUGGUAUAAUAGGAACUAGUGGCUGCUCUGCCGCAGGUGGCAUAAACACUUCUCCGGCACCGUCAUCAUCGACGAGAAAGGGGCCGAAGGUCGAAACCGAGCCAUCAAUGGCAGCAUCAGCUAAGAGGCCAGGAGAGGCAAGCCCUGAAAAGUUGGAGGUAACAAUUGACGCCAGGCCCAAGAUGGUUCCAUCGAGAUCGUUGCAAAUUGCGAAUAACCGACCAAGGUUCUGGAGAUGGCUUGCCAUCACAGAUUCUAGGUUUGGCGAGUGUGUGGAGCUCUUGAGUGUAUACUUCCUACAAGUUACCGGAGAGAUCCCACCAAGGGAGCUAUCUGCCGGCACAUCCUACGAUGUUCACCUCGUAUACAAGUUGGCGACUAAAACCAUUGGCCUAAGAGGUUCCAUACAGACAUCAUCAAUGAGGCUCCAUGGGAAGCAGGUCAUUACCACCAACAAGGUUUGCCUCGAACCCAAAGCGCACGGAAUGGCGGAUGAUGUGAUGUGCCCUAUCAAGAGGGGUGAUGGUUGGUUGGAGCUCAGGCUGGCAGAGUUUGUAAACGAUGACAAUAUGCUUACAGAGGAGGGGGUGAUCGUGGUUCUCCGCGAGGAGGACACCACUAUUCAGAAGAGCGGCCUCAUCGUGGCGGGCAUGGAGUUCAGAAGCAAAUAG